AUGUCUAUACGUCGUCACUCUCGUAAUAACAAAACUGAGUCUCAUGCAGCAAAAAUUGGCGAAAAAUGGAUAAAAGGGCUCUGUGAAUAUUGCGUUUGUGAAAAAUCUACUGACAUCAUUCCCAAAUCAACUUGUACAAAAAUUCAGUGCUCUAAAAUUGACGACCAUUCAGAUAGUAAAAAUUACAAACUCAAAGAAGUAACUGUAGAAGGUCAUUGCUGUCCAAGAAUGGAAAGAGUAGCUUGCAAGCACCAAGAUAAAUUUUAUAAUGUCGGAGAAAAAUGUCAAUCAGAAGAUUUUUGCACCAACUAUGAAUGCAUUUAUAACAAUCAAAGUCUUCGGAUAAAAGAAUCAAUUACAAAGUGCGAAAAAGUCGACCUGCUUGAGGAAGAAAAGUAUGAAAUUAAAACAGAGAAAAUCGCUGGACAAUGCUGCCCAGCUUGUAUAACUGAGGAAUGCUUAAAUAAAACUGGAAAAAUUGAACUUGUACAAACUGUACGAACUUGCAAUCAAGAUUGUAAACUAGGUUGGGAGUACAGAGACCCGAAGGAAGGAGAAUGUUGUGGUGAAUGCGAGCAGACAUAUUGUAUAGAAAAUGGAAUUUUACAUCAAAUAAAUAUGCCACCUGGAUAUCUGAUGAUAAUUGCACGACUUAUAUUUGUCAGAUUAAAUACCGCCAUCAGGUAG